AUGAAUCCUCCACACAAAGACUUCAUCCUCUUUGACGAUCCAGCCCCGCCCAUUUCUCGGGAAAAGGCGUUAUCGCCGCCACCGUCGUCUAAUCCACCACCCAUCCCUGGUACUUUCUCCAAGCAUCGCUCACCACGCCAAUCGCCCUUUGACGAUGUCGCAUCUUCCUUGCCCGAUACGCUCAACGAUGCCGGCGGUCCGAGACGCAAGCGUCAAAGAAGCGAAGCCUAUGCAUCGUCAUCCUCGUUCUCGCGUUCCAGCCGAGAGGGUUCGUCUGGUCAGGCCUCGAACGAGCGCAUUAAUCCGCCCGACCCGCCCAGCGGCAGCUUGGGAGCCCCCAUGCAUGACCUAAGUCUAGGCGAAUCCAUGCCGUCACGCAGCUACGAUUCGAGCAGUGCAGCUGCCGCUCUAGGUUCCCCUAGCACUCCCGGAAUGACCCGCGAGCAGCAGGAGCGCGUCAAAGCUCAGAUCCGAGCAGAGCUCGCUGGCGUCGACACUCGCGCCUUCAAAGGUCCGCUCAGGGACAUUCUCCAGAAGCACGACUAUGCACACAGGCCCAACGACAUGCAGACCUCACCGCUGACCGCCUCCUCGGAUCCCAUGCAAGCAGGCGUUGCGCCAUCCUUCAGCCUCUUUCCCGAUUACGAGCUCGGUGAUCCGUCCCAGCGUCAGCCCACCCAGCCCGUCAAGAGAGAGUCGCAGGACCGUGCCAACGCUGACGCAAACAUGUCCCCACUCCCGCAGCGCCCUGUUGAAUUGCGCACACGCAGCAGUACUUUUGACGGCGGCUUCGGCGCAAUGUCCUUUCCUCCCGCACGUCACUCACAAAAUUACCUUCCGGAUUGGGCUCGACAGUCUCAGUCCAGUCAAGGGUCUCGCGAUGCAAACUCGCAACAACAGGAGCAUCAACAGCAGCAGCAGCAGCACCACCACCAGCACCAGCACCAGCAACACCAGCAACACCAGCAACACCAGCAACACCAGCAACAACAACAGCAGAGACCACACAUGCCCCCUCCCAUCAUGUCCCAGAGUCAACUCGCUCAGCGUGGUGGGCCCGUCUCCAUGGCUUCGACCGAAAACGUUGGUGCCCCCGUCAAUGGCUACAGCCCCGUUGCGCGAAGGCCGCUCAAGCGCGAAUCGAGCGGUCUCACCGUCAGUCCGCAGGAGGCAUUCUUGGAUUACGACGAUGUAGAAAACGCUCUUUCUCACUCUGGGCUCGGCAAAAUGCCCAGCCUUUUCGCAACGGUGCCGCCAGGACUGUCGGACGCAAAGCCGGGUGCGCCACGCUACCCAGGCGCUCACAGCGGCACCAGCACGCCGCGCAUGACGUCGCAGCAGCAUGUGCCGCGCCCCAGGUCGACCACUGGCGAACCGAGCUACGCCGCGCGACCAAUCGCCAUGAGCCGCAACGAUACCGCAAGACCGCAUCACUACCACCAGAACCCGAAGCGGCCCGGUCCAACUGCCCAACAGCCUCCAAGCGGACGCUCGCCGAACCCUGGGCAGAGCGACGGGCGUGGAUCCGCAAGUCAGGAGUCGGGCUCUCAGAGCAGCUUGUUCAGUCCAGUAGACAGCGGCGAUACUAUCUCGACGGACGACGACGAGGAUGAGCGGCCGUACUAUCCGCCCAACAUGCGCCCUAGCAUGAUCCGAGGCGGGCCAAGCAGCUUGUACCUCAACUAUCCUGGCAAAGCAGACGGGCGGGUCUCGGCGUCUCCUUCGGCGAUGGCGGCUCGACCGCUGUUGGGCAAGGAGCGAACGUCGAGUGCCGGCAGCGGCGCCUGGUCGCACGUUCGCAACGAGCCGUGGGCAUUCCGUCAGGCACACAUGAACCAGCCCCGCUUUUCGGACGUUUCGGCAUCAAGCAGUGACUCGGAGGACGACCGCAGCGGACGUAGGGCAGCAUAUUUGCAAAGACACGAGGCAGAAUAUCAUUCGCAUCAUGCAGCACAUCCUCCCUCGUCGUCACACGCGCAUCCACACUACCACCAUCAACACGGGCAUGGGCAUCUUCACGGGCACGGCGCUCAUGCUGGUCAUUUACAAUCUCCGCACUCGCGCUACACGCAACUUGACCCACGCGCGGGAUUGCACCGGCCAAGCUUGGGUCACCAUCAGUCGUCGUCGGAGGAUGUAGACGAUACCGACGGUCGGUAUGGCCGUCCUUCGUAUCUUUCCACCAGGAUUGACGAUAGGGCGCCGCGAAGAAACGUGCCGGGUGCGCUCGGAGCCUAUGGAUACAUUCCUGGCAGUCAAGAGUCCGGGCUGAGCGUUGAUGCUGCAAUUCCGCCUGCGACUGCUGGCAGUCAGGACGAAGGUAGCAUCAGUCCGUCCAUCCGAUCUUCGGCACAGACGAGCGAUCGAAGGGGCAAGGGGGAGUCUGCCGCGUCUGAUAUCGGCGCUCCCCCGCCGCUGUUGACAACCCGACCGCCAAGCUCUGGCAGUGGGCUGCUUCGGUCUGAAGCGGCGGGUCCAGCUCAUAUGCUGCCGAUCAAGGAUGACAGGGUGGAGGCGAGUGGGGAAGAGGAAGGGUCGGAGACUGGGACGAACAGUGCUAGCAUGGGAGGCAACGAGUCGGAUUACGAGGAUUCACCUGAACAUGCUGUGGGCAGUACCAAGAAGGCCAAGCCCAAGACGACCAAGCCGCGCAUUUCUGUUGGCGGUGGUGGGCCGAACAGCAGUGCUGCUGCAGCAGCACCAGCAGCGACGGCAGGGAGCGCGGCUAACGGUGGCUCCACCAACAGCAACACUCACAGCAACAGCACGGCUACAACCAAAGCGAGCACACUCACAGCAGCCGACGGCACAACCAAGUGCGACUACGUCUCGCCCAUCACGGGCGUUGCGUGUCAGACCGCCUUCCAUCGCCCCUACGACUUGGCACGCCAUCGCGAGACGAUCCACGCCAGAGAGGAAGCCGGCUUCAUGCGCGAGGGCAAGCUCAAGCUGGAAGACUGUGUCGUGCUGGGCAAAGAGGUGGAUCCGAAGAAGAGCACCGCGGUGGUCGAGUGGAAGUGCAAGACGUGCGGUGCCAACUUCAGUAGGAAGGAUGCCAUGCUGAGGCAUGAGCGGUUGAGGCACAAUGCUGCCAAGUGA